AGCACUAUGUGAUUUUCCCUGACAAAGCAUCAACUCUUUCUUUUAGACUGGAGAGGUCAAUUAUAAUAUCAAAGUGAUUCAUGUUUCAGGAGGAUUUGAAAGAACAUUUUAAUAGUCUGAGACCAUUGUGAUUAUUCCCAGAAUCUAGAAAAGGUCAAAACUGGUGGAAGAAAUAUAGGAAAACAUGAAUCUCAAGGAACUGUUUGCUCCAGAUAGCUGGAAUUUCAAAGACAUGCAUUUCCCUUAUAUUUCUCACCGGAUUCCUGGCUUCAGAAAGUUAGAAACAGAAUGUCUUCCCAAGUUAAGAAAACUGCCUUCCAAACUUCCAGGCACUGUUUCUUCUUACACUCCUUUUUGGAUUUAUAAGCACCUGAGAUCAAAAAUGGAAUGGUUGCAAGAUUUUACAAACAGCAAGUGGCCUUGGAAAACUAUAAAUCAAUUAAAGACAGAAAACAGUCAGUUAAAGGCAGAAAAUCAAUUCUUAGAAACUCGUUUCUACAGAGUUGACCUUACCUUGGAUCCCAAAACAGUUCAUCCAAGACUGGAAGUAUCUGAAGAUGGGAAAAGUGUGAAGGACACUGGAAAUAUUCAUGAUGUUUCUAAGAGUAAAGAGAGAUUUGAGUCCCAUACAUUUGUCUUGGCAAAACAACUUUUUUCUGAAGGCAGAUAUUACUGGGAAGUGGAGGUUGGCCAGAAAAUUAUGUGGGAUUUAGGUGUUGCAUCUGAAUCUGCUCCUAGAACAGGGAAGAUCACAUUGUCUCCUCAGAAUGGUUAUUGGGUCAUAGGGCGUGAUGAUGGGAAAGAUUACUGGGCUCGGACAGACCCCUGGACGUGUCUGAAUAUGCCAAGAAAACCAACUAGAAUAGGGAUAUUCCUAAAUACAAAAAGCCAUGAAAUUUCUUUUUAUGAUGCUCAGAGGAAACUUAAAUUAUAUACCUUUCUCAAUGUUGCUUCUGGGAAAUUUUAUCCCUUCUUCUCAACAGGCUCUGUAAUAGGAAAAGAAUUUGAUAAUAGGACACUAAUAAUCCCACCAUGGUUUGAAGAAGAGGAGGUAGUGGAAGAAAAAGAAAUAAAUAAUUAGGAUAGAUCUUAGUUUAGAUGGGCUUCUUACUGUACUUGUUGAACAAUGUGAUGCACAUUUUUUAAUAUAUCAACAUCAAUUAUAUUUUAAAAUACUGUUCUUAUUUUAUUUAUGUAAAAGUAAUGAAAAUAUUGCACAGAUCUAGUAAUUCAGUAUAUAUUGGCUUUUUAAAAAGGAAGAAAUAAAUAGGGAAGUUAUUCAGAUGUAUAGCUCAGGGAAUUUUUAUAGUCUCUAUAGCAAAGCCUGAUCUGAGUUCAAUUAAGAAGCAAUUGGAAGAAAUGCACUGACCUAGUUUGUAUGGAUACUGGAAUAAUGGUAAUGUGUUUGUUAGUUAUGUUUACAUAUUAAGAAUGACUUUUUUUUUAAGAAUUUCUAUGAAUAUUUGAAUGCAUUUGAAUAUAUACAUGCUCAGGGUAAAUUCACAAAGCUUUAAAAAUGCAUGGCACUUCUCAUAAUUGUUAAUAAAUAUUUAUAAGUGUA